AGAGGAAAUUGCCAUUGCCCGCACGCCCCUUGGCCCACUGCCUGGACUCGUCUCGCCCGCGGUCGAUCUCCAUCCGCUCGCCGCGCCGCAACCCGGAGAGGAGACUGCGGUCGGUCGAGCACCACCUGGGGCCCAGCAUCCUCGCGACCAUCUCCGGCACGGCGUCCGCCCUCUGCAGCCCCGGUGUCCCUGCGACCGUCGCUGCUGUCCUACUUCGCCACUGGCCACUUUGCCCGGCGACGAGCACCACCAGGACACUAGGCCGUCUUGUUGCUGCCUGCUGUUCCAUAGUCGACGAAUCACGAAUGCUAAUGGAGGAAGAAUGCGUAGAGUCUCCAUCGUACAUCCACAUUGACAGGAACGAUUUUUCCUACAGAAAGCACAAGAGGCAGACAGAGGAGGACAUAGCUGUGUGCGAGUGCCAGUAUGAUAUCUUGGAUCCAGAGAGUCCAUGUGGAGAUAGGUGCUUGAAUUUAUUGACUAACACAGAAUGCACGCCUGGCUAUUGCCGAUGUGGUGUUUACUGCAAGAAUCAGCGGUUCCAAAAAUGUCAAUAUGCCAGGACAAGACUUGUAAGAACUGAAGGGCGUGGAUGGGGCCUUGUGGCUGAUGAGAAUAUUAUGGCUGGUCAAUUUGUUAUCGAAUACUGUGGAGAAGUAAUAUCAUGGAAGGAAUCCAAACGGAGAGCUCAAGCUUAUGAGACCCAAGGUUUAAAGGAUGCUUAUAUCAUUUACCUCAAUGCUGAUGAGUCAAUUGAUGCAACAAGAAAAGGGAACUUUGCGAGAUUCAUCAACCAUUCAUGCCAACCGAAUUGUGAGACUAGGAAAUGGAAUGUCCUUGGGGAAGUAAGAGUUGGAAUCUUUGCAAAGCAAGACAUUCCAUUUGGAACGGAAUUAUCCUAUGACUACAAUUUUGAGUGGUAUGGUGGUGUGAUGGUGCGGUGCCUCUGUGGAGCUGCCAGUUGUUCUGGGUUUCUUGGGGCUAAAUCACGUGGUUUCCAGGAGGCCACAUACCUGUGGGAAGAUGAUGAUGACAGGUUUUCUGUUGAGAAUAUCCCUCUUUAUGAUUCUGCUGAUGACGAACCUACAAGCGUUAACAAGGACAUCCUCUUAUCAAGUCAUGGCAUGGUUGCUGAAUACAACAACAUCAGCACAGUUCAGAUUACUGAGAAUCCUGGAAACGCUGGAACCAAUGAAUUUGCACCAAUUAUUGUGGACGAACUGACAGCAAGCUCAAAUGGAUUAGCACCAAAGAAUGUUGAGCCAUUGACUGCAAGCUCAAAUGAAUUCACACCAAUGACUAUUGAGCCACUGAAUGCCAUGCCAAUGGUAGCUCAUUUAGUCGAGAAUGGGUCAACUGAAUAUAGUGUACAAGACACUCAUGAUCACGGUGUUUCUCAGAAUUCAGUGCCCAAAGCUGCAAAUCAUGCGAAUCAAACUGGAUCCCAAAACAACAGCAACCAUUCAGCGUUGGUCCCUGUAAAGCCCGCACCGAAACGUCGUGGUAGGAAACCUAAACGCGUUCUGCCCAAGCAGCUGGAUAUUCCAGAUAUUUGCGACCGGCUUACAUCAUCUUUGGCGUGUGAAGAAAUACUGUAUUGUGAGGAAGUGAAGAAUCAGGCUGUUUCUGAAAUCGACGCCCUGUAUGACGAGAUAAGGCCUGCGGUUGAAGAGCAUGAGAGGGAUAGCCAAGACAGCGUCUCCACAAGCCUCGCGGAGAAGUGGAUCGAGGCCAGCUGCUGCAAGUACAAAGCCGAAUUCGACCUAUAUGCUGCAAUAAUCAAGAACAUUGCCUCCACACCGCUAAGAUCGAAGGAUGACGUGGCCCCGAGAGAGCAGAACGGAUUGAAGUACUUGGAGAACGGUUCAUGAUUUUAGCUACAAGCGUGAAAUAUACACCUUCAAUCUUUAGGAGUUUGAUUUUUUUUUUUAAACUGUGAUUGGUCUUGUAUUUAGGUAGAUAGGCAUGGUAAGGUUACAGACUUAUAAAUAAUAACCUGUGAUUGGUCUUGUAUUUAGGAAGUGAAGAUUUUUUUUAACUGUGAUUGGUCUUGUAUUUAGGUAGAUGACCUGGAAUCAUGUCCUGCACACUCGAUCUCGUCUUUAUGCUGUCUAUCUCAUUCAGGUUUGCUAA